AGCCGCGGGAGUGGGACGAGCUUUUUGCUGGGAAAGGCUUGAGGCUUCUAGCAGAGGCAGAAGCAGAAGAGAAGUCACUGCUCCCUCUCCUCCUCUCUCUCUCUCUCUCUGUGCAUUUUGCUGUUCCGCCUGGCUUGUUUACAAUGGUUUCCGUCAUCUCCGAGUUGGAUUCGCUGGAGAGCUGGAAAGUUCUGAGGCAGAGCAGCCCAGAAGUAACUGGAUCAUUACAAAGUAACGGUACAAAUAGCAAGAUGAAUGGUGCAAUAGAUCACUCAGACCAGCCAGACCCAGAUGCCAUUAAGAUGUUUGUUGGCCAGAUCCCACGAUCCUGGUCGGAAAAAGAGCUAAAGGAACUGUUUGAGCCGUACGGAACAGUCUACCAGAUCAAUGUCCUCCGAGAUCGCAGCCAGAAUCCUCCACAGAGCAAAGGGUGUUGUUUUGUUACAUUUUACACAAGAAAAGCAGCACUUGAGGCACAGAAUGCUCUGCACAAUAUUAAAACUUUACCUGCGAUGCAUCAUCCUAUUCAGAUGAAACCUGCUGAUAGUGAAAAAUCAAAUGCUGUGGAAGACCGAAAGUUGUUCAUAGGGAUGGUUUCGAAAAAGUGCAAUGAGAACGACAUCAGAGUGAUGUUCUCGACGUUCGGGCAGAUAGAGGAAUGCAGAAUUCUACGGGGACCUGAUGGGUUGAGUCGAGGCUGUGCAUUUGUCACGUUUUCCACAAGGGCAAUGGCACAGAAUGCAAUCAAAGCCAUGCACCAGUCUCAGACCAUGGAGGGUUGCUCAUCGCCAAUUGUGGUGAAGUUUGCUGACACUCAGAAGGACAAGGAACAAAGGCGCCUGCAGCAGCAGUUGGCCCAGCAGAUGCAACAGCUUAACACAGCGACCUGGGGAAACCUCACUGGCCUGGGUGCCCUGGGACCACAGUACCUGGCUGUAAGUGGUCAUUGGGGAUCCAAGAACAGUGGCGAAAUUGGAACAAAAGAAGUUUUCGUACCCCAAAACAUGCAUACACUCUUGCAGCAAGCGACCUCUACAAGUAACCUGGGCGCAUUCAGUGGCAUUCAACAGAUGGCGGGUAUGAACGCUUUGCAGCUACAAAACCUGGCAACCCUGGCAGCAGCUGCGGCAGCAGCUCAGAACACAGCAACAACGAAUGCCAACCCGCUCACCGCGGCCACAGGGGCACUCGGCGCGCUGACAAGUCCAGUGCAAUGGGGAACCAGCAAUCAGCAGUCGAUGCCUGUAGCAGGAACAACAAAUUCCGGCACUGGUGCUGCCAUGAAUUCCUUGACCUCCCUGGGAACGCUCCAGGGGCUAGCUGGAGCCACUGUUGGGUUAAAUAACAUUAAUGCACUGGCAGGUAUGGCGGCGCUUAAUGGUGGACUCGGAGCGACCGGCUUGACGAAUGGAUCGGGUGGCACCAUGGACGCACUGACCCAGGCCUACUCAGGAAUCCAGCAGUACGCAGCGGCUGCACUGCCCACACUGUACAGUCAGAGCCUGCUUCAGCAGCAGAGUGCUGCAGGCAGCCAGAAGGAGGAAAGAUGGCUCACAGCACUUUGCAGAGCAGAACCCAACACUGGGCAGCAAGCUGGAGGCACAGGGCCAGAAGGUGCGAAUCUGUUUAUUUACCACCUUCCCCAAGAGUUUGGAGAUCAGGACAUCCUGCAGAUGUUUAUGCCGUUUGGAAACGUUGUGUCUGCUAAAGUCUUCAUUGAUAAACAGACCAAUCUUAGCAAGUGUUUUGGUUUUGUAAGCUACGACAAUCCAGUCUCUGCACAGGCCGCCAUCCAGGCUAUGAAUGGUUUUCAGAUCGGAAUGAAGCGCUUAAAGGUUCAGCUGAAACGAUCCAAGAACGACAGCAAACCGUACUGAGUCUAGUGUGGGAGGUUAAUGCUGUUACUUUAGCUUUGUUAGGACAUCUUCAUGCUCGUUAGUUCAUCGUUUGCCUAGCAUGUCCCUGUGGCGUCAAAAAAAAAUUU